AAUUCAAUGUAUAUACAAUAUUUGUAUCACAGUUUAUACACAAUGGUUGCAAAAAUGAAUGUCAACUUAAGGCGCUUGCUAAUUUGUGAUACGUUUUCGCCAGGAAAUUCUUCGCCUGAUCAUACACUUCAUUCUGCCAAUUCUUACAAAGCCUCUUGUAAUACUGCAUUUAUUAAUUCUGAUUACAUGAAGAAAAAAAUGUAUUCGAGAUCAAUAGCAAAAUCAAUGCUAUACUCGUUGGAUCGUAUUGAAGAGAUAGUUCGUGAACACAGACAAAAAACUAAUAAUCUAAAUUUACCACAAACCAACAUCUUUGCCGACAUAAAUAUAAGGAAUAUACAAACUACGUCCAAUAACACAUGUUCUGUGUGUCAACAGCGUGAUAAAACCAAACAAGAAAGCUUGGAAUCGAUUAAAAGAAAUAUAUUGUCCCGACUACAUUUAUCAUAUCCUCCCAAUGUUCCCACUCGUCCUGUUGUGCCAAAUAAUAUUUUAGACAGCUUUCAGACACAGUGUGCGUAUAAGGGAGUACUCGCCGAAAGUCGCUUAAAAAAGGAUUUCCCUCUCCAUAAAAUACCGGCAAUGGCUCCUGCAACUUUCUCAUUAAACGAAUUUAUAGCUCUUUACACUGCAGAUGAUGAAUUGAUGGCUCAACAAACCCAUGUUGACUUUUCCCACUAUACAAAAAGAGCAGAAGAAGUUAAAACAUCCAGAUGGAUUUUAAAUACUGUGCAUCGUGACUCUACGAACACCCAUAACACACCGCAAAAUUCGGGAACCAAUCACGGAUGGUACACUAGUCUCAAUAGCGUCUAUAUUUUUCCAAAAAAGUUGCAGAUGCGCCAUAAUCGCAGAGCCGACGUUUUCAACUUUAUAUUUGACGGCGAUGCGCUACAAUUUACUCGGACAAUACUACACGUCUUCCUGUGGGGAUAUGAUUGGAUUGCAGAAAACAACUCGGAUAUUCUUUAUUCACUUUACUCUGACAAUUAUUCCAAGCAAAGGAAAGAAAUUGUAAUUACUAUUUAUAAAGCGUUUAGGUAUCUAAAUUCAACAACACAUGCGUACAAGUGGAUUGAAAGUCGUCAUAAAAUACCAAAUGGAAUAGGCCACUGGGUGGAGAUUGAAAUUGAACAGCUGCACUUUUAUUGGAUGAAAAACCAAUAUGUCGAUCAGUUUAUUAUUGUCCGUGGAAAAGAGCCUUGGAUGCGAUCAGCAUUUUCAACUGGAGUUAGAAACAACAGCGAUAUUAUGACAUUAUAUCUAGAGGUGGCAUCGAAAAAUAAAGGAAGAGCAAAGAGAAAUGCCGGAUUGGAUUGCCAAGAAAACGAUAACGAAAUAAGGUGUUGUCGAUAUCCCCUCAAAAUCAAUUUUACAAAUUUUGGAUGGAAUUUCAUUGUUGCACCGCAGCACUUUGAAGCUUACUUCUGUAAUGGCGAAUGCAACGUGGGAUACUUAGAGAAAUAUACCCAUACACAUAUUACAUCGCUGACUAUAUCAGCUAAACCGUGCUGUUCUCCACAGAAAUUGAGUGCUCUUACUUUAUUAUACUUUGAUAUGACCAUGAAAUUAAUGUACAGCACAAUACCCAAUAUGUCUGUUGAAAAAUGCAGUUGUUCUUGAAAAGCAAUAUACAUAUUUUAUAUUAUUUCAAUGAAAUUAAUGUGAAGUUACUGAUAAGCAAAAACCAGCGAAUAUACUCUUUUUUGACUUUCGAUGUGGUUUAAUAAUUAGAAUUAACCAAAGUGUAGAAAAUUAGCAACAGUUUUGAUACAUUUUUUUUGGAUGGAAUAUAAUAAGUUUCCUUCAAAGUGUUAUCAGCAAUUUUAAUAUUGGGUGAAUUGUAUUUUAAACAAAAUGUUGUGUCAUUAAAAAGUUUUAGAAAAUAAAUAUGGGUUUCAAGGCAA